GACGUGGCGCAGCUCUGGCGCCGCUUCGACGCCUUUGGGCCAAAGACGCUGAUGCAGCUCCCCCUCCUGCACGUGCACACACCGCCGCCGUCCGCCGCGGUUGUCCGCGCGCAAGUGAGGGAGGCGGAGAGCAACGGAGGCACUUUGGGCGCGAAGGUCGCCAGGACCAUCCAGGACACGGACAUGUGCACUUGCGUCAACCUUCUCCACCUCGGCCGCAUGCGCGCGGGCGCGUGGGAGGCGAUGGUGCGCGACGGCUGGAACGCUGUCGACGAAAGGAAGCGUGGGGACCACAGCAAGAUGCGCGUCUCCAACCAGGGCGUCGUCCACUUGGCGCUCAAGCAGCGGCCGGAGGCGUUCAAGCACCUCUCCCUCGGCUGGAACCUGAACCACUGCGCGAACUUCUACGGCUGCCGCUUCGACAGCGCGGCCUGGGAGUGCGGCGAGGCGCAGGGCGCGGCGCCGGCGGCUCAGCAGCCCACGAGCGAGGGGCUCUUCGCGGGCGCUUUUCACGCAAACUGCGGCAAGGUCAAGCUCCCGCCGGGCAUCAAGCGGCACAGCAAGGUGCCGUACAGCGAGAGCCAGGCGGAGGACGCCUUCUUCACGAGCAACCCGAACAAGCGGCCCAGCUGGAACGACUUCAGCAAGUUCGUCGCGGUCGUCGCCGCCACCGCGUGGGCGCCAGGCCGCGUCGGCGGGCUGCAGCCGGGCACGGGGGAGGCGACGGGGAAACAGUGUGUGCUGCGAAGCAGCGCUGUCUGCGGCUAGUACGUGCGAGUCAGGCUUCGCGUCCCAUAUGCACGCCGCGUCCUUACGCUGUGAGACAGACUAUGAUUGAGAGAUCUUUCUUCCAGACCGUGUGCCCGCGAGCCAGUGAGAAAGUGAAUUCCCUCCCUUUGGUAAGUGAUUGCU